GGUUGGAUUGCAUCAUCAAAACUAUAUUGCUUCCUCAGGACAUUACUCUCAAGGACCUGGGAAAAUGACCUCAUUGCCAUUGGAUAGCCAGUGUGAUGAUUACUACUCUGGUCUCUAUGCAGUACCAACCCAAAAUGUGAUGCCUCCCAGCACAGCGAACCAACAAGCAGGAGCACAGCAGAUAUAUGGCAGGGGUCCUCCUGCCCCUCAUCUUGUGGGAUCCACUCCAGGAUCCUUCCAAGGUGCUGCAUCAUCAGCAUCCCAUUUACAUACGAGUGCCUCCCAGCCAUAUUCCUCUUUUGUGAAUCACUACAGUAGUCCAGCCACGUACUCUGCCAACUCCUCCAUUGCUUCUCAGGGAUUUCCCUCUACUUGUGGUCAUUAUGCUACGUCAGCUGUUUCUAAUGCAGCGUAUCCUAGUGUUUCAUACCCCUCGUUGCCUGCGGGUGACCCAUAUGGGCAAAUGUUUACCUCUCCAAAUGCUCCAACUGUCAGGCCAGUUAAAGAUCAUCCAUUUUCUGGUCAAAACACAGCUAUCGGCCAUCCAUUACCGCUUCCACCUCCACCAUCACAGCAGCACCACCAGCAGCAAAGUCUGUCAGGAUACAACACGUCAUCAUGGUCACCUUCAGGCCUUCCGCCAACCAAUGACAGUCUCACCCGGAACCACACAGGAUCGCUGAGUGUGUCCGCCACCAAUCCAACAAGUACUGACUCUUCAUCCAGUCCUGUUCCACCAAAUGUUCAUCUUCCCAAGUCCAGCCCAGUAGUAUCUACUGCUGUGCCAGGAGCUCCAUCGUCAAGAAUGCCUCCCACUGCACAUCACCCAGUUGAACCUGUGACCUCGGUCACACAGCCAUCAGACCUAUUACAACAGAAAGGUAUUUUGAGGAAUUUGUUAUUUUACCCCCACACAUAAACACACACAUUCAAAUAACUGAAAAUGUCAAACUACAUUGCUAUAAUUUCUAGAAAGUAUGAACAAGAGGAAUUUAUAAUCUCUAUCCAAAUAUACCUAUUUUGUUUUACAUAUGAGCUUUAAGUCCGUUUAUGAUGAUAUAUUUUA